AAGCUACAGGUGCUUCUAGCAAGGGAAAACCUGACUCAACCUCUUCCAACCAGCAAACAACUUCAGGCGGUUCGAACAAAGCUCUUGUGGCACCAGAAGGUGGUACAUUUGUCUCCAACAACCUCAGGUCCUUUAGCUUUAAUGAUCUCAAGAAUGCCACUAAGAACUUCCGCUUAGAGAGUCUUCUUGGUGAGGGAGGGUUUGGGUGUGUCUUUAAAGGAUGGAUCGAUGAGAACACUUAUGCUCCGUGCAAACCAGGAACUGGAAUGGUAGUAGCCAUCAAAAAACUUAAGGCAGAAAGCUUUCAAGGUCACAGGGAAUGGCUUACAGAAGUUAAUUACUUGAGUCAGCUUCGUCAUGAAAAUCUGGUGAGACUCAUUGGGUAUUGUUUAGAGUGUGAGAACAGACUUUUAGUGUAUGAAUUCAUGCCGAAGGGAAGUUUGGAAAACCAUCUAUUUAGAAAAGGUGUUCAGCCUAUAACUUGGGCUACAAGAAUGCGAAUUGCAAUUGAUGUUGCUCGGGGGUUAUCCUUCUUACAUAAUUUAGAUGCCAACAUAAUCUACCGUGAUCUAAAGGCUUCCAACAUUCUACUUGAUUCAGAGUUCAAUGCAAAGCUUUCAGAUUUUGGCUUAGCAAGAGAUGGUCCUACAGGAGAUAACACUCAUGUUUCCACCAGAGUCGUGGGUACUCAGGGUUAUGCUGCACCUGAAUAUAUGGCGACAGGUCACUUGACUCCAAAGAGCGAUGUGUACAGUUUAGGAGUUGUAUUGCUAGAGUUGCUCUCAGGAAGACGAGCAAUGGAUGACGAGAAAGCUGGGUCUGCUGAAGAAACCUUAGUGGACUGGGCAAAGCCAUUCAUAGGUGAUAACAGGCGAGUUAUGAGAAUCAUGGACACGAGGUUGGGGGGUCAGUACUCCAAGAAGGGGGCUCAAGCUGUAGGUGCCCUUGCAUUGCGGUGCCUCUCCACGGAUCCCAAAUAUAGGCCUCCCAUGAUGGAGGUUCUAACCACAUUGGAACAACUACCCACAUCAAAGGAUGUUCCGAGGACUCCACCCCACGCUAAGUUGGAUGAUCCGAGGACCCCACCCCAUGCUAAGUUGGAAGAUUGUGGUAUCAGGAACAUGAAUUACCCUCACAAGACAGCAAGUGCAACCACAAAGUUAUAG